GUAGAAAUUCAGAUUUGAACAAAUUAUAGGUGGGCCGUGCAUCUAUUAUUCUGUGGACUUCACAUGAGGAGCUAGGGUUUAAGGUAGAAAGAAGAAAACACUCCCAAUUAAUCACAGGUAAAUUCUUGGCGAUUUGCUGAAUAGGAAACCCUACAUUUCCAUAAUUUUUGUAGCUAAGGAUGCCAAAAAAGAGUAAUUCUAAGAAGCCGAAACCAGUGGAUGCAAGUCCUGUUGUAGAAAAGUCGAAACCAACUCCUUCUAAACCCACAAAAUCAGGCAAUGAAAUCGACGAGAUAUUUGCUGGAAAAAAGAGGAAGAAACCGGAACAACUAGAAAAUUCAAAAUCAAGCGGAGAUUCCAUUACAGAGCCAAAAAAGCUGAAGAAAACCAAAGAUAAAAGUAGCAGUAGAGUUCCCAACGUGUUAUCUGAGCCGCCACGUCGACAGAGGAAAAAGACGGCGGAUGGGUUAACUAUAUACACGGAAGAGGAGUUGGGUUUAGGGAAGUCCAAUGGUGGAGGACUUGGUGAUCUGAUGAAGACGGUUCAUCGUCUCAGGAAGGUGGAAGUUUGUUGGAGUUUGGAAUCACCGAUCUGGCCAACUUUUCCAGCACCAUGUUACAAAAGAUGAACCCUCUUCAAGCAUUUUUUUUAAUGCAGCAUUCUAGGAAUAAGGUCCUUGAUCAGAAGAAAGAAAGGGUCCUAUCAUGAUGCGCAGAAAAGACUUGAAAGGAGAAAAACUUAAUGGGCUGGGAGCAAAACUAGCAAGUUGAAGGCUUGAGAGUGGCGCAGGCAGAACAAUCUGGGGAGGUGGACAGAACGACACGUAAUAGUAUCAUGGAGGGAAAGCUGGAAUUUUUGUCAGAAUCACCAGUGACAGUGAGGUGAGAGACGAGGGACUGUGCAGCUGGAAAGAGGAGAGAAAAUAAAUAUAUUAUAUAACACUAUGAGCAUCACAACUUGUUUUUUUUGUCCAUUUGGUAAAGUAGAUGCUUUCUUCUUUAUAUAGCUGGAAAACUCGUCUAACCGGUUUACUUAGCUUUUGUUUUACCACCUAACUCAUCCUCCAAGGCUCCAAGCCUAGAAGAGAGAAGUGAGCUCAACUAUGCAGAAAACCUUGCUAGACUUCCAAGUCUCCUGUAAAUUCUAUAAACUUAAAAGUGUCUCAUGAAACAGCACCUCAGUCUUGGAUUAACUCAGCUGCUGUUUCGCCCAAACUUAGCUUCUCUCGAUAAUUGUAGAAUGAAUAGCUU